AUGAAAAAAAGAGAAAGCAAAAUGAAAAUCUUUGACCAUCACAUUUUCUCUCUCUGCCUCUCCGUUUCUUUUGUUUAAUAUAAUUUAAUAAUCUUCUGCACCAUUUUCAUCAAUAGGCCCAACUGAAUUCUCUCUUACUAUCUUGCUGUCUAAAUACACAACACUAACAGUGAGGUAUCGCCAAGAAGGAAGCCUCCUUCCAUUGCAGACAGAGAUGGGUAGUAAGCAGCUGUCAUGGAUUCAUCUUAUCUUCAUUGUCCUAAACGUUGGAGAGUGCAAGAGGAUGGUGGGCGAAGCGUGUGACCCACAAGAUUUGAUGGGCCUGACCAGUUUCAGGGCGGGAAUCCAUGUCGACGUCUCCGGUCGACUGCAGAAGUGGGUGGGUCACAACUGCUGCAAGUGGGAAGGUGUCUACUGCAACAACAAGACUGGGAGAGUGACUGAAAUCCGGCUUCCAGGUUUCAUCUCCACGAACGACUUCAUCGUUCAAACCAGCAUGGAAGGCCGGUUAUCUCCUUCCAUAACUCUUCUCACUUCUCUUCAAGUCAUCGACCUUGGUGGGCUCAUUGGUCUCGCCGGAACCAUCCCACCGUUGAUCGGUAACCACCUGAGGAAGCUCCGGAAACUCUAUCUCUACUGCAACAACCUCGGCGGCCCUGUCCCAGAAAGCAUCGGUAAGCUCUCGAGACUCGAAGAACUUCACUUGCACGAGAAUAAGUUAUCUGGGUCUAUCCCCGCAAGCGUUGGGAGGCUCCAAAAUCUCAACAGACUUCUUUUAUAUUCAAACAGGUUUUCAGGUCCCAUUCCUGAGUCUAUUACCAACCUAAAGAAUUUAUUGACUUUGGAUCUUCAUGGCAAUUCUCUAUCAGGGAAAAUACCUGAGAAAAUAGGGGCAUUACAGGUCUUACAAGAACUAGACCUUUCAGACAAUCUGUUGAAUGGGAAGCUGCCUCUGUCUUUAACCAACUUAACUGCAGUUUCAGUUCUGUAUUUGGAUACAAACUUGCUUGAGGGAGAAAUCCCAUUCCCUUCAAGCUCUGCACAAAUGCCUUCACUUAGCUUCCUCAGACUCCAUGAUAAUCGUCUAAGUGGUAGAAUACAACCCACCAUAGGGAAUCUGGUUUCACUCCAAAGAAUUUCAUUAGCCAAUAACAGGCUUGAGGGGUCUAUUCCUGCAACUCUGGGAAACCUGUUAGAUUUGACAGAGAUCAAUCUCAAUGUAAACAAGUUAUCAGGCCAGAUACCCCAGUCGAUUGGUCGACUCUCUCGGUUAAUGUUCUUGAGCCUGUCUAACAAUUUGAUUGAAGGACAACUGCCCCAUGAACUGUCUUCCCUCCAAAACCUUCAAGCCCUUGAUCUUUCCUUCAACCGUUUAAAUCUCUCGCCCAUUCCUAAAUGGCUGGGGGAAAUACCCUCCCUUUGCCGGAUAUCGUUGGCAGGGUUAGGAAUCCAAGGAGAAGUUCCCGAUUUCUUCCGAACAACUCCGAGUCCAAUACUUGAGUUAGACUUAUCAUCCAACCAUCUGACCGGAAGUAUUCCAGAGUGGUUGGGUGGCCUAACCAGGCUCUACUCGUUGAAUCUCUCAAGGAAUUCAUUAGUUUCAAAGAUCCCCGACACCAUCACAAGCUUACAAGACCUGGGUGUGCUCGAUCUUCACUCAAAUAAGUUAACAGGAUCCAUCGUUGAGGUUUUCAAGAUUGGCAGCAGGUUCCCUGAAGGAUCACUGACUUACGUCGAUCUUUCUCACAACAACUUCUCCGGGACAAUCGAGCAAGUUGGAGUAGGAGCACAAUGUAGCAUAAAAUAUCUCAACUUGUCACGUAACUAUUUGACAGGAAGAUUGCCAAUGUCUGUAGGGAAAUUGGGUUCAAUGCGGGGUUUGGAUUUAAGCUACAAUGAGCUGGGUUUCACAUUGCCAGAUUCUCUGGCCAAUGUAACCCCAUUAGAGAAGUUGAAGCUUCAGAGAAACAGAUUUUCAGGUCAGAUACCAAAUGGGUUAUUGAAGCUGAAAGAGCUGAAAGAGUUGGAUUUGUCAGAUAAUCUUCUAGUGGGAAAAAUACCAACCGGCAAGCCUUUGAGUGAUUUUCCUUGGAGUUCUUAUUCUGGAAAUAGAGGACUGUGUGGGAAGCCUCUUUCUCCAUGCAAAUCUUGAACUUUGAAUAUUUAUUCUUCAAGCUUAUUUACAUUAAACUAGUGUAAGAUUGGUUUGUUUGGAAAUCUCACAUUUUUCUGGAAAAAGAAAUUGUUAAUUAACCAACAGAGGAGGAGAUUUCUGGGUUAUUUGAAACCUAUGCAAGAACUGAUUUUAUCGAUCAAAAUUCUAUU